GAAGAUAGUGUUUUGUUUUUGUGUGUUGCAAUGGCGUCGCUGCAAAGCUCAGGGAUGUUGACGAAAGAGCAGAUGGUUUAUCUCUUUGAUCGAUUCGAUUACUUGACCUCUCAAUCUGAUGUGAAGAAAAGAAUCUCAGACGCCGUUGAGGAUAAACAGGAAGCUGUAGCUGUUACAACUGCAAUUCAAGAGGAGAUAUUCUUGGAGAUGGGAAUUGACCCAGGAUUUGGUAUUGGAUGCUUGGGAAAGCUGAACUCUGCGUUUGAAAACGAUAAAGAUUUGAUGAUUGGUUUCUACAAGUUUCUCGCUAAGGAGGAGAUGGCAUGUGAAGAAGCUGAGCUUGGACCAGAUGGAUUUGAACAGAAGAUGGAAGCACAACGACAAUUACAAGAACAGCAACUAGAGAUGUUAAAGUAUAUGCGUAAGUUCCCUCUGGAUGACCAAUCUGCUAUUCUUAAAAAGCUUCAGAAGCAACUAGAGAAUGCGGAUUUUGAGCCAGAGGCAUCACUUAUGUCAGCAGAGGAAUUGGGGGAAGCUGGAAGAAGAAGAGUUUCACCAGUUUUUGGAAGCAGAUAAGCUUCUUGUUUCUCACAGACCACUCGAAUCUAUAUACUGUGUCUCUUUCUCUCUUUUCACCUCCAUUGACGCCAAAUGUAAAACAAAAAAAUGUGGUUAAACUUUUCAAUUGCAUGAGAAAAUGUAAAACAAAAUAUGUAAGGUCUCUUGCAACAGUUACUCACUCGUAUUUAGUUGAUAGGCCAAGAGAAGUCCAAUCAUUUGUGACCA